AGACAGUGCAGCUCGGACCGGCAGCUGGAGGUCUGCGCAGCACAUGGACGGAAGAAAAGAGACACAAAGCGCGAACGGAGCCGCGGAAUGAGUGAGUGAGAGACCGCGGAGGAAGACAAGAAGACGAAACAGAUCCCUCUCUCUUUUCUGGAAGAUUCUGACUGACAAGGAGAGGGAAGAAGGGCCACAAAACCGUGAUAUAUCUGUGAGUAACCUUCACCUCGGAUUCAGAGAAUAAUGUGAUGCGUGCGCAUGCGGGAAACUGAGGCGUGUGUCUUUGUGAAUGUAUGUGUGUGUGUGUGUGGUCAGCUGGUUGCAGAUGAGUCACUUCGGCCUCAUAAAGCUUCUUUAACAGGUUCAGUGUGUCAGCGGCGCAGUGUGUGCAGGUCUCUGGACUCAGCACACACUGACGUGAAGAGAGUCAGUGAGUCCGCCGGUCGGUGGGAGGGUCCACGCUGCACACAGACACGCUACACACUCACACGCUGUUACAUAUUCACAGUCUGUCCUGAUGUAACUCCAGUUUGAACAGCUAUUUCAGUGUUUCCUAAUUAUAGUAGACAAACCGUAACGUGAAGACUUAUCAGAAAUAUCGACCUCUAUAGGAAGGAAUCGUUUCCUAUUGUGAAUAAAGGAGUAGAGUAGAUGAAACAGUCAUUAUGCAGCUGUAAUAUGCAUUGCUACGUAAUAUUAACACUAGGCCUGGGCGAUUUGGCAAAAAAAGAUAACGAUAUAUUUUGUCAUAUCGUCCGAUCUCGAUUAUUAUAACGAUUAUUUUGACUGCCUAUUUUAAAGCAUCUGUACUAAAAACAAAAAAAAUAUAUAGAUUAGUUCAACAUUUUAUUAACAUACAAAGUAAAUAAAGCAAAUUGAAUAAGACAAACUUAGAAAAAUCUAAAAAAAAAAAAAGCAUUUUAACUCAACAGUACAACAAAAGUAGAUAAAUACUAGAUAAUUACAUAGUGGCUUCAAUACUCGACGUCGCUUAGGAGAUACCCGAACCACCGCCUCACAACCAACGUUGAAUAACUUCUCAACAAUAACAUCUUCGGAGAAUAACUCAAAGUCAUGGCUGACAUCUAUUUUGCUGUCCUCAGCUCCAUGUUUAGCUCCACAUUCGGGAAAAAAAGCAGGAAAAGCUGGACUCUGAUUGGCUGUUGUGACGCACAUAUCACUAUGUUUGAUCGAGUAAAUAUGCUCACAGCUGAUCACCGUGAUCGAACUGAAAUGUAUCACGAUCAUAUAAUCGCCCAGUCCUAGUUACACGUGCAUUAAUGUGUUUUUCCCUUUAUUGUUGAAGCCCUCAAACAUGGCGCUCAUUUUAGUUCAGGUUGCAGCUCUGCAUGUUUUUACUUCAUGAUAUUUGAAGGUGGUUAAAAAGAAGUGUCGUGCAGUGUGCUGAAAAAUUUCGGGGAAGUCUUCAUGGUGCAGUGAUGAAUCUCAACUGUCAUAUUGGAUCCUAUUCAGGCACGUUAUUUAUUCAUCAGUGAUCGACAUUUGAUUAUUCUACCUGAUCUGCUACUUCCGAAUCCAUUAGGAAAGGCCUGGAAAGCCAGUUUUUUUUUUAUUGUAAAAGAACAUUUUGGCAACAAGGUGGUAUGAAGUGCGUGUCACAAGACAUAUGGGAGAAUAUAGACGUUAAUCAGAAGAGGCCCCAGGAUUGAGCCUUGGGGAACCCCAUUUGUAUUUGAAGUUAAAUUUAUUAUUAUCUUUAAAUAUUGAAAUAUAAAGAGGACAGGAAAGCUGAUAAAAAAAAAACUGGUUUGCCAAAAAAAAAGUCCCACUUAAAUUAGGUGAAAUUCAAAAGUGGUGGCGCUGUAUUGUAGAGCGAACCGACUCACUUCAAGCCUCAAGCAGAAGCCAGAAAUCUUUGCUGUUUGUGCACAAACAGCAAACAUAAAAUAUGAAGUAAUAUCUGUAAAUAUACAUUAACUCCAACCACACAGAGCCACCUUCAGCAGUAACUUUCUCACUAACACUUACGUAAGGCAAUGGCGUGACUGUAAAGUCAGCAAACGAUGCACAUGAUGAAACGUGAUGAUAGGUAUGAGCUUAUGUAACAGAUGAUAAUCUACAUAAUGUAGAUCGAGAGAUUCAUGUUGAUACAGAGCCCGGCACGGAGGGAAAUAAUGAACAAUACAUCCUGAAAGUCUCAAAUCUUUUAUGGAGAGUAUUCACAAACAGUUCCUCUUGUUUUGUUUGCACGAUGAAGCUUUCUGCAGGCAGAGUUCAGACACCUGCCCUCUCCUGCAGAAAUCCAGCUUUGAAGUAAAUAAGGUCACAGAAAAAUGACAAUAUUUUCCUCUGAAAUACUGUCAAGCAUGAUGUGCAAAAACAGAUCUUGUUUACUCUCAAGGUUGAGAAGGUGAACCAUCUUUUUCUCGAGGGUUUGCAGCCCUCCUCCUCCUUUUCCCCCCCUGCAGGGUGUUUGUGCAUUUCGUUUGCAUACCUUUAGUAUUGUAAAUCCAGUCAACAGGCCUCUUCUUUUAAGUGCAACCAGAGUGUUAACAUUUUUCUAACCGUUAACACCUGGUUUAGAGUUUCUUGCUGCACCUGAGAGUGAGAAAUGCUCUGUAUUAAGUCGCCAUGCUUAUUGAUUAAAAAUGGACUGGGUUUAUAAGGAACGCUUUGGCGUCCUCCCUGGACUCCUCGCCCGUCUGCUCUGAUUCAAGUAGGCGUUUUGUUGGUCAGCGCAUCGAUAAUUGAAAUCUCAUUAUCCUUCUGGCGGCUGCAGAUGGCAGAGGGGCGGGUCAGCCUGAGCGAGAUUCAAGAUGGCGUCUGAGCAGGUGCCAGAUGGAGCGGUUCAGAAGUGUGUCAGAGACAGACUUGAGGAGUUAGAUAAUUUUAAAGAAGACGAACUGGUGCAACCUAAUUUAUUUUUUCUGAGUAAAGGAGAAGUUGAAAAUCCAGAAGUUGUCAGGGUCAGGGUGAAAUCUUCAGAGAACUUUAGACAUGAGGUUUGUUUCAACACGUCCUGAGCUGCAGAAUCUCAGCUCGUCUUUGUGUGCAGAAAAUGUGAUGACAGUGUGAGCCUCUGACUGAAAGCAGGAGGCUGUCAGAGGAAGUGUUUGUGAUUGUUUCUGAUGGUUGAGACUUGCAUCACAAAGGAUGAUUACAUUAUGCAAAUGUACCUGCACAUUCACACAGGUAUUUGCUGGCAGUCCUCCCUCUCUGCAGACAUGCUGCUUAUGCUGCACGUGAUGUUAUGAAAGCAUAUCAUGUGUCAGUUUGAUGAGUGUUUAACACAAGAUCAUUAACCUGCUCGACAGCAAGCAGUCUGUACCUUACAUUUGAGUCCAUUUAGUCCCGAGUUGCAUUUGCAAAAAAAGCAUGCUUCAAAACGUCAUUUUCGUCGACAGUCUGAUGCUUCACAUCAUCCUCCAGCUGUUUGGAGUUGUGCAGCAAACAGCAAAACACCAUCAGAAGAGUCAGCCCUCCUGGGUGGACUGAAAACAGGAGCCUAUCCGCUUUUUCAGAACUCCAGAAGAGUUCAUCUGAGGUCGGUGCCGGAGAUGGACCGAUGUUUUGUAUGGUUCAUCCUGCUGCAGUACCCCAUCACUCUGACAUCUCUCUGUUUGUGCAUGUCCAAAAAGGGAUUACCUGCAGUUUGAGGAAACUCUGCCUAAAUUAAAAAACACAUCAAAAUAUGUGUCCACUUUAAAAUCCACAAAUGUUUGUGCUCUAAGUUUGGUUUGUAAUUAAGAGACUUUGGAGCAGCUUUUUGGGGACAGAUACUGAAUAAAUCUCUUGUUUCAGAGGAACAGAUAUUUCUCUUAUGCUUUAUUCAGUUCAAAGUCACAAGGAUGACAAAUUUUUACAUAUUAAAAUAAUUACCGGUCAGAAAUGUCCCUAUGACUGCAUGUUCAGGGUAUUUUAAAAGCAGGAUGGACCAAUAAUAAACAACAACUUCUGAAAGAGUGCUCCUCUUAUGCUAUUUUUACAUGAAUGGAGACAGAAAACAAAGAGCCUCAGUGGCUGUGUUGAUCUUUGAGGGUCUUUACUGUAAAUCAGAUGUUAGUCACCUUCUCUUGGCAGGAAAACUCGUCCUUUCUGCCAAAGAACCGAGGGACGCCAAUUAUUCUGUCAAGACCCUUAAGGAAACUGGGCUAGUAGUGCUGCACGUAGUCCUGUACAGUGUGUGUGUGUGUGUGUGAGCGUGCCUGUGUGUACAGUAAGUGUGUGAAUGUGUGUGUGCGUGCACUCUCUGGCAGUGAAGCGAUCUCUUAUCUGGGCUCCAUGCCAACCUCCGCUCUGCCCUUAUAUAACCCUCUUUAUCUCCCCAAAUUUCUCUCUGCUUCAUUCCUUCCUCUGUUUGCAUUUUUCCCUCCCUUUCUCUUUCUUCCUCCCUCACUCUCUCCCUCUUUCUGUCUGUUCACCUUUAUCACUCCUCCCUGGAACUGUGCCCCCCCCGCCCUUCUGUGUAAGAAUGACUCUGCAGUUUUUUAAGAGCAACCGACACCCGCAGAGGUCUGCGCUCGCCCCGCCUGUCGCUCUGAGACCAGAACUAUCAUCCUGACCUGAAUAACUUUUCCUUUUUUAUGUCUGACACUCAGACACAUCUGACAACCUGCUGCAUUCAGCAGAGCUUAAUUUAAUCUGACCCUGCGUAGAGAAAAGUGUGUUUCUGUGCAGGAAAUUAUAAAUGAGUGGACAUUAAGAGGCCACACCUGCACAUUUAUUCAGGCAAACAUGCAGGUUUUAUUUUCUGACUGACUUCUCAAAGGGCAGGUGUCUGACCUCGAUACAGUUUGGCAUCAGCAGCUGCAUUGUUAUGAAGUACCAAAGUAUCAUGAAGUGUCGCGUACCUUAGGAAAUAACUCUUGUUUGCUUCAAUCGAGCACUUCCUUGUUUUGCAAACAUUUAUUAGAAAACAGUCUUUUGUUCCCGUAAAUAAGGGCCGAAUUCACUUUUCUACACAGCGGGGUGAAAACAUCCCAAAAGCCUGCACCACAGUCAAUCAGAGAAUAACGCCGUUUUUUCUCAGGAUGUGCACAUUUAACUUAUUUGAUGGAUGACCGGGUUUAAUGUGAUGCUUUCAGAUGAAGCUCGAUCAGGCUGUCAGGGACUCGCAGACUAACUGACGCCAAAUUAGUGCAACAUCCAGAAUGAUGUUUGGAUUCAUGUGAGAUUCAAGAGGAGCAUGAAGCUCAAAGAGGGGUUAGGGAAAACUCCAAGAACAGCAGUCUGGCAUAAAACUGGCUCAGUGUUUACAUGAGCUGUAUUUAUUUAUUUAUACCACUUCGUAUCAUUAUCUCAGUGUAAAUAAAGGCUUUCCACCAGGACACACCCCUUCAGUCACACCGGUUUUUAAGCUGCUGUGGUUGCAACUUGACAAUCUCAGGCAACUACUACACCCUAAAGUCUUCUUGGAUUUGUCUACUCUUCAACUCUUAAUGGGACCACAACCAACGAAGUGAAAAUCGUGUUUUGUUUUGUGGAAGUAAAUAAAGAGUCUGUCAGUGUAAGUGACAGUUGCUGUUGUGCAUUAGUCCAGUUCAUGAAAAACCUAACCAUCCCAGUCACACACUGCUCAACCUUCACCUGCACAAUCAGUUUUUUAUUAAGAGACACAUGCUGCAAAUUCUAAAACACGUCCACACAUGUAAAAGUCCAAAACAAGUGAAACAACCGACCUAAAAACCUGAAACAGCCGCACAAACAGCCAGCAAGCUGCAAAUAUGAUCAACUAUGUAAAAGCCAAAACACUCUACAAGCAUAAAUUAGAAAGGUGCUGCACAUUAAUCAUGCAAACAGAAGAGUUCUGGUGAAGCAGAUUAUCUUCAAACAAUUUUCGCUGCAGCAGGCUGAUCGCUCUCGUUGGCAUCUGCACAAACAUCUGUAGAAAAGACAAAAGAGUCUGACUGCGGCGUCGCUUAAGGCCAUCAUGAGGCGGUCGGAUUACAUUUCUCUGAGUUCGGUUUCUCAGACGGCUUUGGCUGAUGUUUUUUUUAUGAUUUGGCACCUUAAAGUGUAGUCAGGUUUGAUGGAGGCGCACGUCUCUGUGAGUUAGACUGAACUGUAUUGUUUGGCUGAGUAAGGCCUCAAUCAUCUGACGUGUUCAUGAUUUAUGAGUCGUUUAUGCCUCAAGUCAUAUUUACAGUCAGUAGAUUUAAAUGCCUUUUAUGUAAAACACUUACUUAGUUAUUCUCCAGAGAAAAAAGAUUGUUCAUAUUUUGCGUCCACUCCGUUGUAUUUGUAAAGACUUCUUUUAAAAGCAAAGAUCCUCAAAACUCCUCUUUUUUUAAAGCAGAACCAGACUCGCAUAUUUUCACAUUUACUCACAAAUUUGACUAAUAAACCAUGAAUUCAUAAAGUGAACAGAGCAGCCGUUUGAAACUUUUAAACAGACUUUAAACACUUUUUAUCAAUAAUGUUGCCUUUGUACUUUAAUUAAUGAGGGAAGUUAAUUCAAGUUUUAUUGAUAAAAAACGCAGGAAAGUUCAUUUAAUUUCAACGAUAAAAAAGUGAGCUAUUGUAUCUGUGUGUGUUUGAACUCACUCCCCUGAGGUGACAUACAAACACUCACACUCACAAAUACACACCCACAAACACACACUCUUUGUUGUGUGAGGUUGUAGCAGUCAUACCUCGGUGUCUUUGUGUCUCUGUUUACUCUGCGGUCAGGUCGCUAUGUUAAACCAUGAGGUCAGAGAGACAGGGCAACAGUGUGUGUGUGUGUGUGUGUGUGUGAAGUAAGUGGAAAUAUACGGACUGACCACUGUGACUCAUGAUAGGAUGUCGCCUUUCCUCUACUUUCUCUAUUUUACAGACAUAAAUAAAUGAUGACGGGGCAGAAAUAAUAAUAUUAAAAAUAAUAAAAUAAUUAAUAAUAAAAUCAUGAAUGAUAAAAAACAUCCUGCUUGUCUGUUUUCUGCCGAGUCAUCAUCUUGUACGACAGCUUCAUUCGUAGCUGAGUCAUGCUGCGUUUACAGUUUUACAAUCUCUGUCAUUCAGUGACUUUGCGGUGAUCGCUCACAGGACUCACCUCUUCCCCUUUACUCCACUUUCUCUGUCUUACAUAAUAAUGAUGAUGAUGAUGAUAAAGCUGACAGCAGUGAUGAUGCAGAAAUAUUUAUGAAAGUUAUGUUAGUAACGUUGACGUUUAUGUUCUCUCUUUUCAGUUAAAAUGGAUCUUAACGAUAAAGAAGUCCUCUCUGGUGAGACUCUCCCUGUGGUCAUCAUUGGUAAGACACACACUCACAUACACACACGCACACACACACAUAUACACAUGCAUGUUGCACUUUGUCAUCAUGGUUACACAAAGGCGUAGCAACUUCAUUUGCUUACAUGGUUGAAAGAACGCGCAGCACUCGUAUCCUGCUUUUACAAGCACCUGGGCAACACAGGAUACACAAUGCAAUACAAACGUUACCUUUCAUUGUAAACUGCAAGCUUUGAAGCUGCGGCGCAUUACAAAUCUAGAUUUUACCUUUGCAUUCGUGCUGAAAGAAACUCAGUAGAGAGCCGGAGUGUGAUAUAAGACCCUGUCAUUGCCCCUUGACUCCAUAAUUACAGCAUAGUGCAGCGCAGAGUUAGGUAACAGCCUGUCAGAGAAGGACAGAAAUAUUUGGGUCAUGUGUACAUCCUCAGGGUCUCUGUUGACUUACUUUGCACUGUAGUGUACUCGCAGCCUUCGGCGAAGAGCAGAGGGAUGGAGACGUUUGAAAUAUGGUUGGAGUUGUAAAAGUGUCUUCAGCUCAGGAAAACUCUCAGUGUUUGACAAAGAGCCUUUAAAACUUUAAGUCUCUCUAUUUGUCCUUUUCCUGGAUUAUUGAAGCUUAAAUUAACCAGAUUAAAAAUGCUUGAAAGGCCUCGCAGGACUGAAAUCGUGAAGACUCCUCUGAUUGUUUUGACUUACAGUGAAAUUGUUUGGUGAAACACUCAGCCAAUUUACUGAAAAGUGAACGUGUGAUUUCACUUAGUCAUCGUGAGCAGACGUUCACACUUUUACUGCCCUGCAUUUGGCUCGUGCAAGUGUGAGAGUGUGCUGAGUCAUCGGCUUGUUAAUCUGAAUGAUACGAAGGGAUCAGAAGUGCUGAGUCAUGCAGCAGUCUCAUAGAGUUUUAUAUCGACUGAAUUAAGAGUGAAAGUGAUCGACAGCAGCUGUUCUUGUUUUUUAGGAGAAGGUUGAAAAAGUUCAUUUGACCUCUUUGGUGUUUGAGUUAAAGCUCCAGUGAGGAACUUAAUGUCAGUGUCAGUUUUGGCGCCCCCCUCUGGACAAAACAGUCUUAUUAUUGGCUUAAGUAGCUGACUGUUGCAUAUCAAAUGGUUUACUUAUUGUGUGUAUUUGAUGUGUAAUUGUAAAAACAGCUGUUUCUUUCCUGUCAAACCAGAUUCAGGCGUUAAAACUAACAAAUUAAACCCAUCUUGUUUGUGAUGAUUUUGUGUGUUUUUGUCAGAAAAAAGCACCACUGCAAAUUUCUGUUUCAUGAUUGUCAAAAACUCCUCAUAGGGGCUUUGAGUAAAUAUAUUCCCCUGGUCAUGCAGGUGUUCUAAUGGUACAAACACUUGAUAUGUGGAUAUAAACACAGCCACAGCAGCAUUAUGUGCAACAUUAUUGCAACUGGAUACCACAAUGAGGUUUCUUUCUCUCUUUGUCUCUCAGGUAAUGGCCCCUCAGGAAUCUGCCUAUCAUACCUGCUGUCAGGUUACACCCCCUAUCUGUCACCUGAUGCAUCGCACCCCAACCCCCUGCUGAAUAGCAAGCUGGCAGAGCAGCCUCACCUGUCUCUGCUGGAGCAGGUAACCCACAGAAACUCUGACUGACUCACAUCAGGAUGUUUUUAUUCAGAGAAAUGUAAAAGUGAAGCAGCACCUCACAGCGCCCCCUCCUGUCUGUUUAGGACCUGGAGUACCUGUGCGAGGGGUUGGAGGGCCGGUCGUCUAAUCCGGUUGCUGUGCUUUUUGAUUCGCUGCUGCUUCCUGACAGCGACUUCGGAUUGGACUACACGUCUCCGCUGGAGUGGAGAUACGAGCCGGAGAGAGCGAUCCCUCACCUGGUGCUGGGGAAGGGUCCACCUGGAGGGGCCUGGCAUGUACGUUACUGACAAAUUAGCUUUUUUUAAGAUAGAUAGAUAGAUAGAUAGAUAGAUAGAUAGAUAGAUAGAUAGAUAGAUAGAUAGAUAGAUAGAUAGAUAGAUAGAUAGAUAGAGUUUUAUUGUCUUUGUGACGAGCACAAGAAAAUUAAAAAGUGCCUUUACAGUCAGUGCAUUAAAAAAGGGACGAUAAAACAUUAGACAGUUAAACAGUAAAACCAGCGCAGAGUUAAAACUAGUAAAAGAAUUAAAACUUCACCCAUAAAUACAUAGGGAACACAUCAUCUGGCUUUCAUGGAGGCAUUUGUGGAACGAACAGCGUUUGGGAAAAAGCUGUUUUGUAGUUAAAUCCAUUUUUAUAAAACAUAUGAGAACUUGAAUACUAAAGGGUUAAAUAAGACAUUUUUCUUUGUGUGAGGACACGACCUGACAGGCAGAUGCCAGCAGCUCAUGUUUGCAUUUCAGCCAUAUCUCACUCUGAUAAAUAUUAGCACAACAGAAAAAAAACAAAGUCCGUCAAUAUUAAUUAUGAGAUUUAUUUGAAAUACAAAACCCCCUGAAACAGCAGGGCUUUUGUUCUCGUCCUUGAGCGUGCAGACACUAUGUUAAUGUGUGCAAACAGGCUUUGUUUACCCCCGUCACCUGCUUAUUUGCACACAUCCACAAUGUGAUGUGCACAUGACUCAGCAAGGCGGACGUGUCCGCAGAUCAACAUUUCAAUAAGCAGAACAAGUGAAACCUCUGAAACUCUGCACUAAACUUAUUUAAAAACAAAGUCAGGAGUCAUUUUAAAUCUGUAAUGUGUGUUUUUUUUUCUCAGGCCAUGGAGGGCUCCAUGCUCACUCUGAGCCUCGCUAACUGGAUGGAGCUUCCUGGACUCAAACUGAAGGACUGGAUGAGGGAAAAGCGCAGGUUUGUCCACGAUAAGCAGAGCAAGAAACACAUGAAAAUCAACGCAUUUGUUUAGCACCACAUAAAGGUAGUGAACGAGCAAAGAGUGAAGCACAUGUGAGUGUGUGAUACUCCCACUAAGUUUGUUUUUCAAAUGAAUGCAGCUCUGAUAAAGGCUGCAGGAUUUGCAUGACAGGACGAGUAUUCACCUUCACUGCUGAUUUACAUCUGACUUGAAUAAUUCUCAUACAGCACUCAAAUGGACAUGUUUUCCUCACAUUUAUAAAUAUAGUUUUAAGCUAAGUAUAGUGAGUUCACAAAUACUUGUUUAAAUCAAAUAUAUUAAUGUAGUGACCCUGAUUUCUCAUACAAUGGCCUCUUUGUUAUGUUGUUUAGAGCCACAUCAGUGUAAGAUUUUUGGUUUUAAUCCUAUUUUCUUGUUUAUUUUGAUCCAGAAAUGUCCGUAAUGAUCGUGCCACUCCAGCAGAAAUUGCUUCCUACUACCAACACUACGUUUCCCAGAUGUCCCUGGAGCAGAGCUUUGCCUGCGGAACCACCGUCACCUCAGUAACAAGGCAGCCUGGCAAUAAGGAAGGGUCGCCACCCUGCUGGAGGGUGUCGGGACUGCAGCGCAGAGAGGGAGAAGAGCUGGGAGGUAGAGUGAAUGAACACAUGUUUGGUCAAAUACUGUUUCAGUUCCUCAAAUUUGGUCCAUGAUGUUGUAUUAAAUUUGGGUUUUCAUUUAACAGAUUUAAAAUGUAAAAUAUGUCAAAGCUCUUGAUAUUAAAAGAUAACGUGUCAAUAAGGACAUAAUGUAGAUAUCUUAAUGCAUGUCCACCUUCAGGUCCAAACAUUUGUCCCAACAGCCCAAAAAAUCCCCAAACUGAUGUCUGACGUCUUGGUGUUUCUCUCUGCUUGUUUACAGGAUUAUAACGUAAAAGAAUGUCCAAGAUACUGACUCUACUCUCUUGUUUUUCUCUCUUCUCUUCCCCAUCAGAUGGCUCCUCAGUGUCAGAGGAGGUCCCUUUCUCCCUGUUGGCCCAUAAUGUGGUUUUGGCGACAGGAACCCACGACAUCCCAGCCAGGCUCGGCGUGGAGGGCGAGUCUCUGCCCCACGUCUGCCACUCUUUCUGGGAACUGGAGGCCGCCAUCUCUCGGGGCGAGCUCGACCAAACGUCAGACCCUGUGCUGGUGGUGGGGGCAGGGCUAACCGCAGCUGAUGCAGUGCUGGCCGCUCACCAUCUCAACACGCCGGUUUACCACGCCUUCAGACGAUCAGUCAACGACCCCGGCCUCAUCUUCAACCAGCUGCCCAAACUGCUCUACCCAGAGUACCACAAGGUGAGGAGAGGAGAAAACCCACAGCUCAUGAGUUUUCUCACUCAUACACAAACUGAGCCGCCUGAGUGUAGUAAUGGUGCUACUGACAAGAAGGCUGAGGCUGACAUCACCCCUCACCAAGACUGUACCUGCCAAACUCACUGACUCUCCCACAGGAGAGACUGCUGAGUCAAACCUAACCCUCUCUUUCCUGUUUAUUGGUCUCUAGGUUCACCAGAUGAUGACUCAGCAGCAGCACCGGCCAAACCCGCCACCGCAGAACCAGGCCCAGAACCUCCAUAACUCGUACCCUCUUUCCUCCCCUCCAUCCUCCCCCUCUGUUCCCUCCUCCCCUUCAUCUUACCCGGGGUAUCUCAGCUUUCCACGCUCCAAAGUCGUGGCUUUCCGACCUGAUAAAAAGUGCGUUCUGGAGUCAGACUCGGGCCACCAAACUGUGGUUCAAGUCUCCAAGGCGCUGGUCCUGAUUGGCGCUCAUCCCAGUCUUUCCUUCCUGGGUGACAACGGGCGUCCACUUGGCAUUUACCCAGAUGAGCCAAUUACGUGCCGGAGGAACCCGAUCGAGGUGGAUCCAUUCACGAACAGCGUAAUCGCAGCAGAUGGACCAGGGAUGUACGCCAUGGGGCCGUUGGUCGGCGAGAACUUUGUCAGGUUCCUGAAAGGAGGAGCACUGGCUAUCGCGAGUGAUCUCGCCAAGAGACAAAGGGAGGGGUUGGAGAGGGGAGAUGAGGAUUUGACCUCGGACAAAUGGGUGGACAGAUGGGUGGACAAACAGAUCACCAACCGAACAGGAUCAGAGGUUUCUGUCCUGGACUCAUAGCAGGUUCAGGGCCAAAGUGGACCACUCUACUGUGAUCUGAUCCAAGCCCAUGGGUCGAUACAAGAACUGAUACAAACACAAAGACACAGGUCACAUUCUUCUGGAAAUCACUAAAUAGGAAAAUGAAAGUGCUGCUAAGAUGUUUCGUGGAGUCAAACAGGCGACAGAAGACUGGACUGGACCACCUCAGAGGAGCCUGAAAGAGCUGCUCAGGACCUUUUGGGGCGGAAGAAUAGACAGAUCGAAUCCCCUCAGUAUAAUCUUGAGGGGGAGAAGAGCAGGACCAGCCUUGUCAAAGUGAAGCUCAACAUGCUUGUUUCCUCCACCGGGCAGUUCACCUGAAAUGUGACGUGACAUCUCCUGAUACUAUCAUCAGCAUCGGCAUCUUACUCUCUAAAAUCUUCAUCAAUACUUUGGUCAGAGAAAUGUUGAACUUGAAUACACAACACUGUUUUCUUUUAGGUUUGUUUGUUACAUAAAUGUUCCUGUAAAAUGUUCUGAAGAGGACAUUUACAGUAAAAACGUACUGUAAAACCGAUGCCCUCUAGUGGUCAGACCAAGUAAUGACAGCAAUCUUUAUACCACUGCAAACAGCAGGCACAUAUUUGUUAAACUGCAAAGCAACUGCUCAUCGCUUAUUAGCAAUGCAUAUGCAGACUGGGUAUAAGAAGUGGGUGUGGCCAUCGUGACAUCAUCCAUUGGUUAGUAGGCGAUCAUUUUGAAGAAAGGUGAACUCAGCUGGUGAAAUAUGAAGCCAAGCUUGAUUGAUAGAAAAACUGCAAUUCUUCACAUGUCCACUAGUGGCUGCUGCAAGUCCAGAAAAUCCCAUUUACACCAAUGUGAAAUACCUGUUUUACCAGCAGAUUGGAAUAAUUUUAAAGCCUAAGUCAGACAGUGAUCUUGAAAACAGUUUCUAGAUUAGCCUGACUCAGUAAGUCUGACUCAGCAUCUCCUGUGGUGACCACAAAUAUUGGUCCACAUCACACCCAGAAACUACUGGGUAAUGUAUGAUGGAAAUGGCCGUGUCAUUCUGGUCAGUACUUUUCUUGCUUCCUUGCUGGUUUCUUUAGGCCAGAACUGGGCAUAUUUGGACAGGAGGUUAGGGCCGGGUGAGAAUGCGAGCUAUGUUCUGUGUUUGCAACAAGACUCCCCUUACUGGCCAUUUGGAAAACUGCAGGUUAAACCCACUUCUAAUAUCUCAUCUCUGCUGCACACGGUGUGCCCUGAGAUUUGAAAUGGAAAAUAACAUUUAUGCAAAAUACCGUAUGUGUAGUACUUUUGAAUUACUGCUUUGGGCACGUACAGUCAACCAGAGUUUGCACCUGCUUCUUAUUAUUUACAUCCUGCUAAUAAUAUUAAUAAUAAUUAAUUAGUUGGGUGAUCCUUCCAGUAGCAGUUCUGGUUCAGCUUCCUAUCACUCAGAGAGCCUUAUUUACUUUAGUGACUGUCUGCUUGUAGUUAAUUAAGCGUAGUAAUCUGCCAAAUCAUCACACAUUGCCUCCGUCACACUUUAUACAACUACAUCUGUCAGGUUUCUGUAAUUAAAACUUUAUUUACUGUCUUCAGUCUAAUUUUUACAACACUACGCUUUUACUGACUGUUUAGAAAAAGAAGUGAAAGGUUAAUUUUAUCCAAAUUUUCUAUGUUUGCAUUUGUAUAUUUUGGGUUUGCGGUUGGUGCUUUAUCUUUUAGUCACAGAACUGGCAACUGUACUUACUCUAAAUCUUUGUAAAUCUUUGAUGAUGAAAUUAUGGUUUUAUACUUGACAAAAGCAAAGAAAAGUAUAUAUUUUUUCUACCGGUCCUCUUGUUAAAAAUGUCCAAUAUGCAGCCGUUGUAUUGUUUGUAGUCUGCUACUUUGUGACAAAAUACACAGACAAAAAUCAACAGAUAGUCACAGUUUUUACACCAUAUUUGCAUAAAGUCUUACUUAAGUGAGUUGUUUCUACUUCAGUAAUCUGUCACGAUUGCAAGGAAAGUUUUCUUUUGGUGUUUUGGCUUUCCUUUUGAGCAGAGGAAUUGGAGUAAAAAGACCAUUGUUAGUUUUUAGUUACUUGAUGCAAGAUGCUGUGACUGCAAAAUGUUUGACUUUCUUGCUGCCAAUAUUUUAAAUUUUUACCAAUUUUACUAAAAACAUUUGAAAGAAAUUCUUUCAUAACAAAACCUCUAAUUUAAAAUGAAACACUGCAUGUUUUAAGAGUAAACACAAUUAACCUUUAUUCUUUGUCUGAUUUAGAUACAUCACAUUUUGCCUGAAUAUGAACAGUAAGCUGUGACAUAAAGAAAACCAGCGUUGCCUUCAGGAACAUCAUUCACAUGCUUAAUUUUCACAGUAAAGAGAAAACAAACUCACCCAAAUAUUUUAGUUAUGCUGUAAAAUCCUGUACACAAUAUGUUUGUAAUAAAAGGGGUGAUUUAUAUUUAAAAUCCGUUUCUAUCUGUGUUUUACACAUUUGUCUGUGGGUUUCCAUUAAAAGACUAUUUUUCAGCAAA